UGGUUCUGGUGGGCCACCCUGGAAGUCCAUCCGGCCCCCCCGGUGAAGGCCUCCUGGAGCCGCCCCUGCUCGGUGAAGCUGCCGCUGGAGGAGGAGCCGGCAGACACACACACACACACACUUCAGCCGUCCUCCACAGCAGAGGAUCCCGUAUCCAGCCUUCCUUCUUGGAUGCAGUUUGAUUUUUUUGGGAUUUCACCGGUUUUUUCCUCCGUGUUUGGUUGUCUUCGGCUAGCAAAGCUGCCCUGAGCGCCGCCGCCUGCGCACCGCGUCUCCCAGAAGAUGGAUCUCCAAACCUGCCUGAAAACCUCGCUGAGGAGCAAAUACCAGAAGCUGAAAGAAGCAGAGAAAUCAUUGCUCCCCUUGAGAAUCUGCUAUCAGAACAACGACUCGACAUCUCCCACUUGGAGCUCCCACCAGUUCAGACACGUGGAUUUUUCUAGCCUUGCUGCGCACUUUCUUUCUGUGUGUGUCCCGCUCACCGAUGUUUUAUCGAGUGACCGCAGACUUUUCAUCUCCAACAGAGCCAUCCUCACGCUGGGAGUGGACGGCAUCGGAAAAACCACGAUGGUGCAGAGAUUCGCCCUCGACUGGGCCGAGGACAGAGGGCACGGCGACAUCCACUUCCUGUUUGUUCUCAAUUUCUGGGAGUUAAAUUUGCUGAAACACAAACUGAGCCUGAUCGAACUUCUCCAGACGUUUUACCCGGAUCUGAAGGGGCUCAAUGCUUCCAGCCUGAAGAGAGACGGCGUGUGGUUUGUCUUCGACGGACUGGACGAGUUUAAUCUCACGCUGGACUUCUCCCGUCCAGCCGCGAGGGAUGUUUCUGAAGCAUCCACAGUCGAUCAUCUCAUUACCAGUCUGAUUAAAGGAAGUCUACUUCCCGGCGCUCAUGUAUGGAUAACGUCCAGAUAUUCAGCUGUGAGGCGAAUCCCCAGAAACUAUUUUUUUAAAGAGACUGAAGUGCUGGGGUUCAGCGAUGCUCAGAAGGAGCGGCACAUCAGGACACUUAUUGACAAUGAAGACGUGGCCUGUAAAGCAAUCGACCGUAUGAAAUUAUCAUCAAGCCUCACCUUCCUUUGUCAAAUACCUCCAAUCUGCACCGUUAUGGCAAAUGUUCUGAAUAAUCCUCUCGAAGCAAAAAACCGCUUUAAGUUAAAACCUUUGACGCUGACUCAGAUUUACACUCUGGCUUCCAGUGUGGUGGAGGCGUCAAAUUCAGGUGUUUUGGGCAAACUGAAAAAACUGGCGCUGCUUCGGAUGGGAGAGGGCAGCGUGAUUUACGAGGAGGACCUUUUAAAGACGGGCAUCACUGUUGAGGAGGCGUCAGCCUUCUCCAAAGAGUGCCCGCUUCUGCUGAGAGAGGACUCGGGUUUGCAUGGCACCACGGUGUUUCGCUUCGGUCACGUGAGCGCUCAGGAGUUUUUGGCUGCGUCGGCUAAACUGGACGAGCUUCAAGUGUUGGGGACCGCUUCUCUCUCCGAAAGCUGCCGGCGUCUUGUGGACGAAGUUCGGGAGGACGUAAAUGGGAAAUGGGAUGUCUUCCUCCAGUUCAUCUUUGGCCUCAUCAAGGAACGUAGCCUGCUGGGGCCCAAUGAUGAGCUCUUUGUCUACACCAAGUCCAUGUUCCUGCAAAACAUUUUGUUUGACGAGGUCGACCCUUUGCUUAACUGUUUGAGGGAGUACGACCCCCAGGCUUUACGGACAGAGGCGGAGUACUAUCUGAAAUACGAUCGCGCGCUGAUCCACGGGUUCCUGCCGAUUCAGUGGCACGUUCUGAUACAAAGGCUCACACACUUGGACGGGUUAGAAGAACAUUUUAAGAUGCCAGUGACGGAGAGGUGUGACGACAACCUCCUCAGGCAGAUACCGACUGUUUUGAAAUCAAGCAAAGCCAUGCUGAGAUUCUCUAACCUGACAGACAAGUCCUGCGAAGCCUUGGCAGCAGUCCUGAGCACCAGGGAGUCCAACCUGACUGAGCUGGACCUCGGAUACAACAGCAUCAGCGACUACGGAGCGGCUCUUCUCGUGGAGGGGCUGGCCGAUAGAAACUGCAGGCUGAAAUCGCUCCGGCUGCAGUGCUGCAGAGUGACCUCCCUGUCCUGUAAAGACCUGGCAGACGCCCUGUUCGUGACCAAGACGCUGCAGGAGUUGGAUCUGAGCAGGAAUGAAAUAGGAGACGAGGGAAUGUUCCAACUUUCAGAAGGUUUGAAAGUGGCUCAGUUGGAAACGCUGAAACUAUCGCAGUGCAACAUUGAGAAACAGGGCUGCUGGGAUCUGGCUGCAGCUCUGCAGGAGAACCCCAAACACCUCAGAGUGUUGGAUCUCAGCAGCAACAUGGUCGGAGACGACGGCGCCAACGAACUCUUUGAGAAAUUCGACAUAUCGCGGCUCAAAAAGCUGGAGAUGUACCACUGUGGCCUCACUGCACUGAGCUGUGGACUCAUCGGAGAAGCCCUGAAGUCUGAAACCAGCGCUCUGGUGGAGCUCAAUGUGAGCAACAACAGCUUGAAAGAUGCAGGAUUUCGAGUCAUGUGCGAAGGCAUGUACGCAUGGUGCAGCCUGGAGAAACUCAAUGUCUCCAGAUGUGGAAUCACUGACAAGGGUUGCAUCUACCUGGCGAAGGUGCUGUGCACAGUGUCGCAGCUCUACCAGGGCUGGGUGCGAAAGAGGAACUGGCAGGCGGUCGAGCUGAAAGAACUGGACAUCAGCAUGAACCGCCUCGGAGACAGAGGAGUCAAAGAAGUGUCGCCCGGCCUGGAGAACCCUUACAGCCAUCUGACGACUCUCAACCUGAGUCGUUGCGGCCUGACCGACGACUGCUGUGCAGAGCUCGCAUCGGGGCUCGCGUCGAUGGAGAGCGUCGUCAGCGACCUGGACCUGUCCGGCAACGACCUUCAGGACAAGGGAAUGAAGAAGCUCUGCGCGGGACUGAAGAACCCUCAGUGCAAAGUGGAGAAACUGUCGCUGAGGAGCUGUGGACUGACUUCUAAGAGCGUCCAGUUCCUCACCUCCGCCCUGAAGUCCAACCCGUCCCACCUGGAGGAGCUGCAUCUGAUGGGCAACAAGCUGGAAGACACGGACAUCAGCGUGCUGAUGGACCUAAAGACGUGCCAGAAAUACUCUCUGUGCGUUUUGGACGUCUCAGUGGAUUGAAGAACGCCGACAAAAGGACUCGAACUGGCUCGCAGUUCUCAAACUUCACCAUCGACGGAACAACUAAAAGCUCAUCGAAGCGUUUAAAAGUUACACAUUUAGAAGUUUUGUCCUUGAAAAUGAAUCCUAAUCUACCUAUAAGAUGGCCUAAACGUAGCUCUACACUGGAGCGUCCUCUGCGGUGUCUCGACGCUCGCCGCAGCUCGAGCACACCAGCUCGCCUGCGACUCUGCUUAAAACAACUUUAUGCUGCACAAGUUGUAAUAUGAAGUGAUUCAGCCGUACAUGAGUCGAGUUCAGGGGUUCAACCCUGUGACGUUUUGAGCUUUAAUCAGUUACUUUACUGUGUUGUGGUGCAUUUUUAGCACCGAGUUUUUGCCUUUUCUGCAUCGGUUUGUGGUUGAAAUGACAUUUAAACUGAACAGAAAUAUAAACACAGCAGGUCAUAGUUCAUUUAUGAAGUUUGUUUUCACUUCACAUGAAAUCGUCUUUUCUUUGUUCUUCAUAAAAUUAAUUCUUUGUGUCAAAAAAGCCAAAUUAUAUUGACCACAGGUUAAUGUAGCACGGGUAUUUGUUGGUGUAACACAUGGCAUCUGCUUCGGCUUUACAGACCUCCUAGUUAGAAGUCUAGAGGAGUAUCGCCUCACAGCUCCUCUGCAGAGUUUGACACAAGCUUGUAGUUUCCCGACUACACAAACGGCUUCACUUUUCUUUUACCUGCAAACUAAAGAGUUAUGCCCGCGUGAAAAAGAGUUUUAUGAUGUAUUUUCCAACACAGGAGACGAGGACGGACGCUUGGGGUGACGUGGGACAUUAGCAUAUUAGCAUAAGCAGCAUUUCCUGGUGAUUGAUGGGGGAAAAGUCCUGUUUACUGAUGAGACGUUGAAAUAGUCUUUUUUUUUCAUAAAAUUAAUUCUUUGUGUCAAAAAAGCCAAAUUAUAUUGACCACAGGUUAAUGUAGCACGGGUAUUAGUUGGUGUAACACAUGGCAUCUGUGCAACUCAACAGACGGCAUGAGAAAAACAAAUAUAUUAGAAAUAAUUACAGCAAAACGUGAAGUUUUCACCAUUUGCGUGCUGCGUUUACGUGUUUGUUCAGUCUUGAAUAAUUAAAAGAAAGACUAAGAUACAUGCCCCUUUGAGGUUUAAUAAUCUGGUUCAGUGUGUCUAUAUUUUUAUUCCAGGAUCAGAUAAUAUUUAUGCUAGAAAGCUUCUAGAAAGUGACUUUUCUAUGCACUAACUGUGGCUAAUAAACAGCUGUUUAGUGGCUAUAAAGACUAAAUUCAUGCACCAGCUGGACAGUCAGAAUAUGAAGGCUUUGGGGCUUUUUGUGUUGCUUUCAGAUGUUUGAUAUUUCUACAUAUCAACUACAUGUUUACUCCUCUGACCUCUUCUUGUUUGGACCUAUUUGAAUGUGUUCAGAUGCUCAAAGUAUUGUCUGAAAUCUGUGCCUUUACUUAAACACCUGUUAUAUAUAUUUUGGUGCCUCAUUCAUUUGACGUUAUGGAUUGUUUUGUAAUGUUAUUUCUGCAUGUUUUCUUGAUGCAGGUUCCUUUACCUCAUGAGAAGCUCACUGUGAAAGUUCCCACUCAGUAUUAUUUGUAGUGUGUCAAACAUGUGACUGUGAUGCAAAUAAACACUAUCUGUGACCACACAAU